CGACCGAUGCGAUAAGGCCCUUACGAGACUAAAUGAGACCUUUGUGACAAGCGCGGUGCACGUUACCUGCCAGGUGAGUGGACGCUACCGCGACUGUGUUGUUUUGAGGGACUGGACUUGAGAGACCCGCUCAGGUGGUUGGUUUUUCGCGCCGCUAAACACACGCAGAGUCUUCAGGAUGAGUGUCCCUGACUACAUGCAGUGCGCCGAGGACCACCAGACUCUCCUCGUGGUGGUGCAGCCUGUGGGCAUCGUCUCCGAAGAGAACUUCUUCAAGAUCUACAAGAGGAUCUCCUCCGUGAGCCAGGUCAGCGUGCGGGACUCCCAGCGGGUGCUCUGUAUCCGCUACAGGCACCACUACCCGCCCGAGAACAACGAGUGGGGCGACUUCCAGACCCACCGCAAGGUCGUGGGCCUCAUCACCAUCACGGACUGCUUCUCCGCCAAGGACUGGCCGCAGACUUUUGAGAAGUUCCACGUGCAGAAGGAGAUCUACGGCUCCACGCUCUACGACUCCCGGCUCUUCGUCUUUGGGCUGCGGGGAGAGAUCGCUGAGCAGCCGCGCACCGACGUGACCUUCUACCCCAACUACGAGGACUGCCAGACGGUGGAGAAGAGGAUCGAGGACUUCAUUGAAUCCCUCUUCAUUGUGCUCGAGUCCAAGCGUCUGGAUAGGGCCACCGACAAGUCUGGGGAUAAGAUCCCCCUUCUCUGUGUCCCGUUUGAGAAGAAGGACUUCGUAGGACUGGACACAGACAGUAGACACUACAAGAAGCGGUGCCAAGGGCGCAUGCGCAAGCAUGUGGGGGAUUUGUGCCUCCAGGCUGGGAUGCUGCAGGACUCCUUGGUGCACUACCACAUGUCCGUGGAGCUCCUCCGCUCCGUGAAUGACUUCCUGUGGCUUGGAGCUGCCCUUGAAGGGCUGUGCUCCGCUUCUGUCAUCUACCACUAUCCUGGCGGGACUGGGGGCAGGACGGGAGCACGGAGGUUCCAGGGCAGCUCACUUCCUGCGGAAGCAGCCAACAGACACCGGCCAGGGGCACAGGAAGUUCUCAUUGACCCAGGUGCCCUCACGACCAACGGCAUAAAUCCCGACACCAGUUCCGAGAUUGGACGUGCUAAGAACUGUCUUAGUCCCGAGGACAUAAUUGACAAGUAUAAGGAGGCCAUUUCCUAUUACAGCAAGUACAAGAACGCCGGAGUGGUUGAGUUAGAGGCGUGUGUCAAGGCUGUGCGCGUCCUCGCCAUUCAGAAGCGGAGCAUGGAAGCCUCCGAGUUUCUGCAGAACGCCGUCUACAUUAACCUCCGGCAGCUUUCUGAGGAAGAGAAAAUCCAGCGGUACAGCGUCCUGUCCGAGCUCUACGAGCUGAUCGGCUUCCAUCGGAAGUCUGCGUUCUUCAAGCGCGUGGCCGCUAUGCAGUGCGUGGCCCCGAGCAUCUCGGAGCCGGGCUGGAGGGCCUGCUACAAGCUCCUCCUGGAGACGCUUCCCGGCUACAGCCUGUCGCUGGAUCCCAAAGACUUCAGCAAAGGCACGCACCGAGGCUGGGCCGCCGUCCAGAUGCGUCUGCUUCACGAGUUGGUCUACGCAUCCCGAAGAAUGGGGAAUCCCGCUCUUUCUGUCAGGCACUUGUCCUUCCUGUUGCAGACCAUGUUGGACUUUCUGUCGGAUCAAGAGAAGAAAGAUGUGACUCAGAGCCUGGAGAACUACACGUGCAAGUGCCCCGGGACAAUGGAGGUCCUCGCGCUGCCCGGCGGCCCCACCCUGCCUCCGGUGCCCCUCACCAAACUCCCCAUCGUCAGGCGUGUGAAGCUGUUGAACCUUCCCGCCAGCCUCCGGCCACAGAAGAUGAAAAGCCUGCUGGGUCAGAACGUGUCGGCCAAGAGCCCGUUCAUCUACUCACCAAUUACCGCGCACAACCGCGGGGAAGAGCAGAACAAGAAGAUAGAUUUCCAGUGGGUUCAAGGAGACGUGUGUGAAGUCCAGCUGAUGGUGUACAACCCGAUGCCGUUUGAGCUCCGAGUCGAAAACAUGGGGCUCCUGACCAGCGGAGUGGAGUUCGAGUCUCUGCCUGCGGCACUCUCCCUGCCCGCCGAGUCUGGUCUUUACCCGGUGACUCUUGUUGGGGUCCCGCAGACGACCGGAUCGAUUACUGUCAACGGUUACCACACCACAGUCUUUGGCGUCUUCAGCGAUUGCCUGCUGGAUAACCUCCCGGGGGUGAAGACCGGCGGCUCCACGGUGGAAGUCAUCCCGGCCCUGCCCAGGCUGCAGAUCAGCACCUCCCUGCCCAGGUCUGCGCACUCCCUGCAGCCUUCUUCUGGCGACGAGACGUCCACCAACGUGUCGGUCCAACUUUACAACGGAGAGACCCAGCAGCUCGUCAUCCAACUGGAGAACAUCGGGAUGGAGCCGCUGGAGAAACUGGAAGUUACCUCCAAAAUCCUCACCACCAAAGAAAAAUUGUACGGCGACUUCUUGAGCUGGAGCCUGGAAGAAACCCUUGCCCAGUUUCCUCUGCAGCCGGGGAAGGUGGCCACUUUCGUGGUCAACAUCAAGGUGAAGCUGGAUUUCUCGUGCCAGGAGAAUCUCCUCCAAGACCUCAGCGACGAUGGAAUCAGCGUGAGUGGCUUUCCGCUGUGCAGUCCCUUCCGACAGGUCGUUAGGCCUCGAGUGGAGAGCAAGUCCGUGAACCCGCCUGAAGGCAGCAAGCCGGGGGACCCGAGCCACGUGAAGACCCUGGAAGCUAUCCUGAAUUUCAAGUACUCUGGAGGGCCGGGCCACGUGGAAGGAUAUUAUAGGAGCCUCUCCCUGGGGCUGCGCGUGGAGGCCGAGCCGUCUGUUUUCUUCACCCGCGUCAGCACUCUGCCGGCAACCAGCUCCCGGAAGUGCCACCUGCUCCUGGACGUCUUCAACUCCACGGAGCACGAGCUGACGGUCAGCGCCCGUGGCAAUGAGGAGCUCGUCCUGCAUGCCGGCGAGUGCCAGCGAAUGGCCAUUCAAGUGGACAAGUUCAACUUUGAGAGUUUCCCAGAAUCCCCUGGUGAGAAGGGACAGCUUGCAAAUCCGAAGCCACUGGAGGAAGAGAGGCAGGAAGCCCGUGGCCUGGAGAUCGACAGCAAGCUGGACGUCCACUGGAGAAUCCCCUCUCUCAAGCGCACAGGGGAGGCGAGCGUGGAAGGCCUCCUGAACCAGCUGGUCCUGGAGCACCUGCAGCUGGCCCCGUUGCAGUGGGAUGUGCUGGUGGACGGACAGCCCUGUGACAGUGAGGCCGCGGCCUGCCGGGUGGGCGACCCCGUGCGUCUGGAGGUGCGGCUGACCAACCGGAGCCCGCGCAGUGUGGGGCCCUUCGCGCUCACUGUGGCGCCCUUCCAGGACCACCAGAAUGGGGCACGCAACUACGACCUGCACAGCGCUGUCUCCUUCGUGGGCUCCGGCACCCUCCACCUGGACGCGGUGCAGCCCGCAGGCCAGUCGGCCUGCCUGGGAGCCCUCCUCUUCCUCUACACGGGCGACUUCUUCCUCCACAUCCGUUUCCACCAGGACAGCGCGAGCAAAGAGCUGCCGCCCUCCUGGUUCUGCCUGCCUAGCGUGCACGUGCGCGCCCUGGAAGCACCAGCCUGAGCCCCAGGGCAGCCACAGGGGCUCGGCCUGGCCCCCACCUUCCCACCAUCCGGCCCCAGCCCUCGAACCCACGCUUCCUCCCCUUUCUCCUGUGAGCACCCCAGACACGGCAGCCUCACCCCUCCCCGGACUGGCCAGCAGGGCCCUCUGCUGCCGCUUGGUACUAACCGGACCCCAGAGGGCAGCACCCACCCGGCCCAGGCCUCCCCAGCCCCGCCCCCCACCUGGUCCCUGGACCUGUCCCUGUGACCUGGGGAUCGCGGCCCAGCCAGGAGAAAGGAAAGGCAAACAUGAAGGAGGGCCACAGCCUGGUGGGGCCUGGGAGCCUCCCCUGAGUCC